AACAGAACAAAAAGAAAUGCCCAAUAAUGUAACAUUUAUAGGAAUGGGAAAAUAGUAAUACGAUAGCUAUGUGCUCCUACUUCUCAUCAGUUACAUCCAUGAUGAUAAAUAUGUUCUUGUUUUGUUACACUGGUGAACAACUUACCGUUCAGGCAGAGAAAGUAGCUAGAACAUCUUGCGUGCUUGAAUGGUAUCGUCUUCCGACCAAGGAAGCGCGUGGGAUCGUGCUUGUGGUAAUCAUGUCAAACUUGCCCAUGAAGAUCACUGCUGGAAAAAUCAUGGAUCUAUCAUUCAAGACAUAUGGCGAUGUCGUGAAGACAGCUGUGACAUAUUUUAAUAUGCUUUUAAAUGUAGUUGACUGAACAUUUCUAAUCUCCAUCUUCAUCUUCUCGUCGGAAUUAUGACUACAAACGCAUUAUAAUGCUUAUACAUACACGCAUUGUGUAUGCUCGUGAUAUAGAUGUGUCCAAUACAGAAACAUGGUAUGAUGUACAUGUACCUACAUUUAAAUAUA